AGUACAUCCCCACCGCAGCCGACCUGUUCGCCGCUGCUCCUAUCAUAGAGCAAAGAUGCUCUGAGAAGAACAUUGCUUUUAUGGAGUGCAAAUCGAAAUGUGAACACCCCAAAGAGUGUCUCGAGCAGGCUCACGAUGUUCAGGAUUGUGUAUUGGAUACUUUUGCCGUUAUUAAGGAAAGAUGCCCUGUUGAGUGGAGUGCAUUCACUGCUUGUAUGGAUAAGUACAAUACUCGUCUGGAGGAUUGCCGUAGAACGCAAAAGAAAUUUAUGGCGUGUUGGAAUAAACCAGAAGUAAAGGCGUAAUUUGAAUUA